AUGCGUUUAUUAGUGAGCCUGCUAGCCUUUUGGUUGGCAGUGAGUCAGGCGCGGCCCGCUGACCAGAGCACAGAUGAGGCAAACGUAGUCCCCACUGUCAGUGGAUCUGUAUCAACAGUGAGAGACGAUGUCUCAGCAGCAGGGAACGUUUUACCCACAGUGGGACCAACUCCGUUCCCUUAUGCACCCAACCCCUUCGCGCCUGCUCUGAACAAUCCCUAUUACAAAUAUAAUCCCUCACUACCAGGACCUGCUGUUCCGAUUCUCACGUAUUCCGACGAUCAUCGCCCUGAUGGAUCCUAUUCUUACAGGUAAAUUUUAUGAAACCUACGUUUUAAAGUUUAUACUUAACAAAGAAAGAUGUAGCCAAAAGUAAAAAAUACCUCGUUUUUGCUUAUUGAUAUUGUCAUUGUGCGAAUGUAGGUUAAUAAUCAAGAUAUUAAAGUGCUCGGGCACACCGUGUUAUGA